CUACUUCAUAUAGAGUCUUUUACCCACAUUAUGUGUAUCCAUUUGUCUUUUUUAUUUUAAUUUACUUGUUGUAAUGCCCAUUCUCUCAUAGCUCUUGCUUUCGUUGUCUCUCUGCACUUUCGCUGGCUUUGCUCUCAACUAUGAUCUCUCUCUAAGGCUUUUGGUCUCACAUGGAUAUCUAUCUCCAUCAUAAGUUUCUUAUGUUGUGAUCACCUCUAGUGCAAAUGGGGUGGGUCGAUGGUGUGAUUCCAUUCCGUUGGAGUAGCCAUGCCUCACGCAAGAUCCGCUCCAUGUACCUCUACGGCCCAGAAUACAACUCCAGCGCCAAACUCGCCCUUCAGCUCUUCCUCCUCAUGGCGCGUCCCGCGUGGGACUUCUCCCAGUUGCCCCAAUUCUUCAACCUCACCUCCCUCCCUCCCAGCCUCGCGUCCGCCGCAGCAUAAGGAGCGAGUGCGAGAACGCCACCUCCUCCUCGGAUUCCUCGUACGACACGCUGUGCGAGAUUGUGGAUUGCUCCAACGGGGUCUGCGAGCACGACCCUGUUCGGUUCAUGCGGCCAAUGCUUUCGGCUAGUUUCUGCUUGCAGCCUCCCGGGGACACGACCACGCGCCGGUCCACGUUCGACGCGGUACUCGCGGGGUGCAUACCGGUUUUCUUCGAGGAGCUUUCGGCGAAGGCUCAGUAUGGGUGGCAUUUGCCGGAGGCGGAGUUUGAGGAGCUGUCUGUGUUUAUACCGAAGGAGGAGGUGGUGUUCAGAGGGAUGAGGAUUUUGGAUGUGUUGCAACAGAUACCGAGAGGUAGGGUUAGGAGAAUGAGGGAGAGGGUUUUGGAGUUGAUGCCGAGUGUCUUUUACAGGAAGCAUAAUAGUUCCCCGGGUCUCAAAACUAAGAAGGAUGCGGUUGAUUUGGCCAUUGAUGGUACAUUGGAUAAGAUUUGAUCCAGGCUUCGAGAUAUUCAUCUUGAUUUUGUUAUGUGAUCAUAGUUUUUUUUUUUUUUUUGGUUUCUUUCUUUAAUCGUUGUGCUCCUUUAUUCUAAGUUAGACAUUUAAGGUAGAGCAUGUCUUUUUUUUUUUUUUUUGUUUAAUAAUCUAUGGAACUUCACACGAAAGCACCAAAUUGUGACAGCGUAUCUAGUAAUUAUUUCUGUCACCGGCAUUUGGUUGUCUUUGUACAUGAUAAGGAAUAGGUGUAUGAGUGUAUCUGCAAUCUUGUCAAGUAGCUUCUCUGGAUCAGCUUCAAUUGAUGAUCUACAAGGCUUUUAUUUUGAUUCUGUAUUUGUACAUUGUAUAUCGUAUGAUGAUUCUCGGGAAUUGAAUUGUUAAUCCAGUUUAUUAUUGUGA